AUGCUUUUAUUAUUAUUGAUUAUUUUAAUCAUUUUCAAUUUAACCCUAUCAAUUCCAUUAUUAUUUAUCGAUUUAUCACACACCUUUGAACCAAACAUACCAUUUUUUCCAUCACAAACUCGCUUUAAUUUUACACAACGUACAGUGCAAUGGAUCAGUAAUGAAAGUUCAUUUUUUUAUUCAUCCAAUACAUUUAUAACAAGUGAACAUAUGGGUACACAUAUAGACGCACCUUAUCAUUUUUCAUCAACUGGUUGGAAAGUAGAUGAAAUUCCACUUAAACAUUUGGUAUCAAUACAUGCUCGUGUAAUUGAUGUAUCAAAACAAUGCCAAAGAAAUAAAAAUUAUCUUAUUACAAUUGAUGAUGUUAAAAAUAGAGAUUUAAUUAUUCCAGAAAUAGAUGAAGAUGAUGGAGAAAAAUUUUUAUUUGUGUUAAUUUUCUAUACUGGUUGGACAAAAUAUUGGCCUGAUCAAGUAACAUAUGCUGGUGGAGAAACUGAUAUUGAAUUUCCUGGUUUAAGUGAACAAUUAGCCACAUAUUUAAUUGAUACAUAUGGGGACAAUCUUGUUGGAAUUGGUAUUGAUACUCUUUCAAUUGAUUAUGGACAAUCGAAAACUUUUCCAGUUCAUCAAAUAUUUGCAAAACAUAAUAAAUAUGGAUUAGAAAAUCUUGCUUUAGUCAAUAGUUUACUUGAAAAUACUGAUAAUGAAUUUUUUAGAUUAGAUAUAUUUCCAAUUAAAAUUGGUAAUGGCACAGGUGCACCAUGUCGUAUUAUAGCUCGUAUUGAUCCUACAUCAAGAAAUACUGCAAAUUGUUUUUUAUGA